AUGCAGCGGCUCCGCGUCAAGCUUGGUUUCGAUGGCCUUUUUUAUGUUGAUAGUACUGGAUUGAGUGGUGGUUUAGCUUUGCUGUGGAGAAAGAACAACACAACUAGGCUAUUGAGUUUUUCAAAGAAUCAUGUCGAUGUGGAGGUUAGUAUUGCUGGUUUUCCCAAUUGGCGUAUGACAGGGUUUUACGGUUUUCCUGAGCGAAGAAGACGUCCUGAGUCCUGGGAGCUUCUUAAAUCUCUUGCUCACAGGUAUGAUCUACCAUGGGUGGUUGUAGGCGAUUUUAAUGAUCUUCUUUUUCAGCAUGAGAAAAUGGGUGGGAUCCCACACCCUGAUGGUUUCCUACGCGGUUUUGGGGAUGCCUUAGAUGAUUGUGGAUUGUCUCAUUUACAGAUGGAGGGUUACCCCUUUACAUGGGAAAGGGGAAAGGGUACUGCGGAUUGGAUUGAUGAGAGAUUGGAUAAGGUGGUUGCUUCUGUAGAUUGGCUUAAGAAUGAUUGUGGGGACUGGGUUGAGGGUGAUGCCAUGAAGUCAAUUAUUUUCAAUUACUAUAGGGGCCCUGAUGGGAUGAACCCGGGCUUCUAUCAGCAUUUUUGGGAUGUGGUGGGUGGUGAUUUUUCAUCGUUUGUGAUUAAUUGUCUUAAUUCCCGAGCCUUCCCGGUGGGUCUGAAUGAUACAGAUGUGGUCCUUGUUCAUAAAAAGAAGUGUGGUGUAAUUGGUUGGGGAGCUCUUAAACUGGAUAUGACUAAGGCCUAUGACCGUAUGGAGUGGUCUUUUUUGCGUAAGAUGCUUGUGGCUCUGGGUUUUGAUAUUAGAUGGGUAGAGCUUGUUAUGUGUUGCGUUACUACUUUCUCCUAUAGCUUCUUGGUUAAUGGGGCUCGCAGUGAACGUGUUACUCCCACUCGGAGUCUAAGACAAGGUGACCCUCUAUCCUCAUAUCUCUUUAUCAUUUGUGUAGAAGGACUAUCUUUAUUGCUGCAACAGGCACAUAAUAGGGGUUCUAUUCGUGAAUGA